AUGACUACGACUUCAUCUCUCCCGCCUCGUUCCAACGGCGGUGGCAAAGAGUGGACAUAUGAUGAGCUCGAGCCAUAUACCACUGACUAUGAACUCCCGGCAGCACCUCGUUUUCUUUUCAGAGCUUACGUUCGUUGUGCAAACCUCGACACCCAGCUGGAGAUCAACCCCGAUUGCAUCCCUUGCGAUUUGCCCUUGCGAAUGUUGGCCGACAAAUUGGUUGUGGCUGAGUUGAAGGAGCUGUGUAGAGAACACCGAAUUGAUUUCUCUUCGUUCGAUCCUCGGCAGGGUCUCGUGGAAAAAAUACAGGACCACGAAUGUUCGCCGCGGUGUGCUCCACAUGUAACUCUUGUCAGCCCUGUCGAAGCAAGAGAGAAGGGUGCUGAUAAAGCGUUGGGCAGGAUAUUCCAAGCUAGUGACUUGCAGUGCUACCUUCCCGAAGGCACUGUGUCUAAAUCUGCAUCUUAUGAUCUGUGUGGUUUCUUUCGUGACGGUGAGACCCUCGAGCAUGAACCGCUGUUGCUGGUGGCUUAUCCUAUCAAGGGUCUGAUCACAAAACUUACGAGGCCCGGAAUGGACAGCCUUUGCUCAGUACAUGGAAUCCAUGUCACUAGAAAGAUGAACAAAAAACAGGUAUCCACUCUCCUGACUUUACAUACAUGUAACGCUGCUUGUGACUCUGUUAAAGCAGGUUUUCGAAUCCGUGAAACGGCAAAAAGGGUAAAGAAGAAAUUAGUCCCCGACGUCGUUCCGUUCUUGUGGGAGGAAUAUACGGACAAAGCGGCGAUGGAGUUUCCUCCUGACCCUAUUAACCUCAAGGAUGUCGCACGCUGCGUCCAUGACUACUGUCAACAACUUAAGCCCGAAAUAAUAGAACAGCUGCCCUGUGCAGUUUGCGCUCAGCUUACUUCGCGGUCCUGCAUGCGAGAGUUCGAGAAGGGCAACUACAACCUGGACAUCCUCGAGGAUCCGUCGAGCACUCGCAAAACUCGGCAUCGGGUUACAGAUCCAGUGGAACCUUUACACGGACCGGUAUUGAUGGAAAGCGCUACUCACGUAUGCGAGCAGUGUCACAGCUUGCUCACAGCCAACAAAAAACCGAAGUACUCUCUGGCAAACGGUCUAUGGGUAGGAGAAGUGCCGGAGGCUCUUCAAGAUCUUACCUUGGCAGAACAGGCGUUGAUUUCGCGCAUUCGGAGGAAUCGAUCAUUGAUUCGGGUUUCUGCAGGUCAUUUCAAGAUGAUCGCCAACGUGAUUGCGCUUCCUAUGCCCACUGUCAAGGUAUACAAUAAACUUCCGCCCCCGAAAGGUGAGAUUGAUGACGUUAUUGCUGUUGUUUUCACCGGUAUUAAGCCUCCAGAAGAAGACGAGCUUCGCAGGACUCCUGCGCUAGUUCGAAGAGCGAAGGUCCUCAAGGCGCUCGAAUGGCUUAAACUUAAUCACUGUAACUAUUCAGAUCUCGAGAUCGAUCAGCAAGCUCUGGAUACGUACGACGAGGAAGGAAUCCCGGUGGGUAUAGUGUACAGGGAAACCCGACCCGGGCAGGGUAACGUGCUAUCCACUGCGAGAGCGGUAAACGACGACGAAAAUGAGAGGGGUACGGAGCACGGGCCUUGUCCAUUGACUGUACACGGUUUAUCGCCCACCAAGUUCAGUACCAUGGACGUUGAGGAGCGUCGAUUUGCGGCUCUUCUCCAUCUGCGAAACGGCGGCGGGGCUUUAGCUGCUGGACACGCUGAAAAGCCUGCCUCGUUCUUCGACAACCCGCUCCUUUAUCCCCUUAUGUUUCCUUGGCUGUUCCCUUACGGUAUAGGGAGCGUGGGUCAAGAAAGGCACUUCAGAAUACUCGCCGAAGACCAGCAUAAACGUUGGUUGUUAAAUUACCAUGACAAGCGCUUCCAAAGGGACGGUCAGUUCAUUAUAACCGCUUUUAACCACGAACAAAUGAAGGACAGCUCCGGUGCGAGCUUUGUGAUGGUAAAACGUGGUAACUUUGCCAAUGUGGCCCAGAAAUUGAAGGAAAUUAAUCCGGAAGUCCUAAACUCAAUCGCGACCCGGAUGCGCAACGGAGAGCGUGUAACGCCAGUCACCGAACAUGAGAAGAGAUGUUUCAGAUUAAUGGAUCAUAUUGAUUAUGUUGGUGGACACGUUGACGGCUCCCUGGCGAAAAGGAAGUAUAUGAGAAAUCAAUUGUGGUCUCUCGUGUCCUUCCAAGGUGCACCUAGCUGGUUCGUAACUUUCGCCCCAGCGGACAACCGGCACCCUCUCUGCAUAUUUUGGGCUGACGAAGGUCUUGAAUACAGACCUGAAAUUGUGUUAACUGCCGAUAGGGACAAAGUGAUCACCAAUAAUCCUGUGGCGUGCGCGAAGUUCUUUCACUUCUUGGUUCAGUUGUUCUUGGAACACAUAUUAGGAUGGGGGAAGGAACACAGAGGUGUCUUCGGGAACCCGUCUGCAUACUUUGGAACUGUGGAGCAACAAGGUCGAAUGACCUUGCAUCUCCACAUUUUGAUAUGGAUAGUAGGGGCUCUGUCACCUCGAGAAAUAAGAGAGAAAUUGACGAAAGGAGACAAGGAAUUUGAGAGGAAGUUAACCGCCUAUUUGGAAAGCGUGCAGAUAGGGCAAUUCUUGACUGGGUCAAAGGAAGAAGUCGCGUCCAGAAUCCCUCUGAAGUCUCUCCCUAAACGUCGCGGAAUUCAUCAGAUCAUGAAAGAAUAUCACCGAGAUGAAGAAGACGAAAUCAAAGACUACAAGGAUCCCACCCUACAUCUCCCCGAGAGCCCGCCUCCUGUCCUAUGCCAAGAGGACCCCCAUACUUGCGGAUGCUCCAACUGUAAGGACAUAUUAGUGUGGUAUAGAAAGUUCGAGGAGACAGUAGACGAUCUCAUGUGGAGGGUUAAUGUGCAUGUAUGUGAUCCAAAGACCGGUCCCGGAAAAGGGGGAGGAGAGAAGAGCUGUGGAGGCAGCGAAGGAAAGUGCUAUGCUAGAUUCCCGCGACCUGUCUUUCCCAAAACUGUUGUCGACGAAAAGGACGGCCAUAUCGACAUUAAAAAGCUGGAGUCUUCUUUGAACAACAUAACACCAGCCGUGACAUAUACAAACAUUUGUAAUACUGAUACAACCUCACUUCAAUCGGGUACGGGUAUCAAGGCUAUCGUAGGAUAUGUUUGUGAUUACCUUACUAAGACAUUCUUGAAAACGCACCAGAUCUUCUCAACAAUGUAUGACGUUUUCAACAGGAAUUCGGACUUAUGGAAGGCAGAAGAUGAGAAAACGUCAGACGCAGCGAGGAAGAUGAUCAUGAAGGUGGUCAAUUCUUUGAGCGCUAAGAUGGAGUUGGGCGCUCCGAUGGCGGCUUUGUACUUACUCGGCAACCCAGACCAUUAUACAAGUCACCAAUUUGUUUCGUUUUAUUGGAAGAACUAUGUUAACCAGGUUGUUAGCGCAUGGGACAAAUUACUAUCAUCUUGCGAGUCGAGUGGAAUUAAAAGCGAGGAAGAUGAGUACGAGAACAUGAUCGUUGACGACGACGGCGACGACAAUCAGGAUGAGAAUGACUAUGAUGAUGAUGGGCGUGUGGUUCUACAACGCUCGUCGAACUUCUUCGUCAGUCGCUCUAGCGUGGAUGACUACUCGUUGCGACCUUCCGAACAUGAAAACAUCUGUCUUUACGAGUGGAUCCAAUGUUCCGUUCGUGAUUCGAAUCGCUUUGCCAACCCCACUCUCCUGUAUUAUAAAUACCAACCGGAGCAUUCCAUGGCCGAUAGCCACCUUGUUGCUUGCGAUCCAGACAGAAGAAGAUACGUGGUGCCGAACUUUAUUGGACCACCCCUUCCCAGGAUAUCAAAUGAUGGCAAGGAAUGUGAGGACUAUUACUGUGCGAUGUUGACAUUUUUCAAACCGUGGAGAAGCGGGUUGGAAUUACGAGGAUCAGACCAGACUUGGAAGGAAGCCUUCGAAGGACAUUCCUUCUCGGAACGCCAAAGACAAAUAAUGCGCAAUUUCAAUGUGCGCUUUGAAUGUUACGACGCUCGCGACGACUUCCAUGCACAAAGACGUGCUAAGGAAGCGGAGGAGGGACUAGGCCCCGAUGUCGAAAUGGAAGGCCAUGGGAAUGAGACUGAGGAAUUCCAAACCACCAACGAGGGUCACGCCUUUGAUGAAAGUUAUUGGAUGGCAAAGACGGUAAGAGGUCGGUGGGCCGACACGCAGGAAGAGCAUGCGACAAGGGCGUAUGAAGCCCUUGGUGGUGCUGGCUGGAAACAAGGGAGUAGAGGCGGGUGCACAGACGAGAGUGCAAGCUUGUUACCGGCGCUUGAAGUGCAAAGUCAUAUGAAUGCGGCAUAUUGGAAUGACAUAGUGAAGAGGGAGAAAACACGCGUAUGGAAAGAUAGAUUUAGUACCGUAAUGGGGGGAAGAGACGGUGAAGACAUGGAUUUAGACAUCAAAAGAGUUAAGGUUCGCGACGAUGCAUACAUUGUAUACGAGGCGUUCUUUAGAAAGUCUUUCACACCUGCAGUACAACGCUGGGUCUACUCCCUUGACGAAAUUGAAGCGGGUUUUACGUUGAACAAGGAGCAGAGCAGGGCGUUCAGGAUAAUUGCCAAUCACGCCACUUGUAUCGCACCAGACCAGCUUCUGAUGUACUUGGGUGGUAUGGCUGGAUCAGGAAAAACUCAAGUGCUGCGAGCGCUGAUCGCGUACUUCAAGGUUAGGGAAGAGCCAUACCGCCUGAUUCUGUUAGGGCCGACUGGGACAUCGUCGGCAUUGAUAGGAGGGACUACGUACCAUUCGUUUUUGUCCCUGGUAUCGUCAAACUGGGGAACUUCAAGCGUGAAGUCGGAGCUCAAGGCCGUGGAGGAAGUCAGGGAAAGGCUAAUGGGUGUGAACUACAUCUUUAUCGAUGAAGUUUCUAUGCUGUCUUGCCACGAUGUGUGUCGAAUAAGCGAGCGCCUGUGCGACGCAAUGAAUGUACACGAAAAGCCCUUCGGAGGACUGAACAUGAUCUUCGCAGGGGAUUUCGCCCAGUUGCCACCUACAAAAGGACACGCGCUGUACAGCGGUGAGGUGUCUCUGAGGCAGUCACCACGACAGAAAGUAGAGCAGCAGGAGGAGACUAUUGGGAAGUCAAUCUGGCUUCAAUUCACUACUGUUGUAAUGCUUAAGGCGAAUAUGAGGCAAACCUCUCAAUCAGACGACGAUGUAAGAUUUAGAAGAGCUUUGGAAAAUCUUCGCUACAAGGCCUGCACGGAAGAUGACAUCAAUUUCCUGAAAUCCAGAAUCGCGGGCUCUGUAAAUGGCUUGAGCCUUGACGAAGAACCUUGGCGGUACGUGUCCAUCAUCACGUCGCGGAACGUUCAGAAGGACAUCUACAACGAGCAAAACGUGAAGCGCUUUGCCGCGGAACAUGGAAGGAUUUACACACCGAAUACAGCCUGGACACUCUCUCCAAGGCAUACUCAAACGACGUAA